AUGAUUAAGAUAACGUCUAAAACCAAUUUUCUGAUUAAUCAUCCAGACCUCUUGAUCACAGCUACUGCGCUAUCCAACGCACCACAGUGCAGGCGCAAACCGCUUCUCUCCGCGCUCGUCCGUUCGACCUUGGAUGUCACCCCAUCGCUCAUAUGGGGUAACAUGCUUCACGAAGUUGUGCAAAUAUGCAUGGCUGAACAGAGAUGGGACGAACGUUUCGUUGAAGAGCAUACUGAGGAGAUCAUCAAGAAGAAUAUUGCGGAGCUUGUCAAGAUCAACGUCGGUGUCGACGAAGCGAAACGUGAAGUGAAGGCCCGUUCAAAGGGUCUUCGAGUAUUCUCUGAACGCUAUAUUGCGGAGAAUCCGAAGGCUGAUGCAGUUCUCACCAACACCCGCGCGGCUGCGAAUCAACAUUCUCUUCUUGCCAUAUCCCAGCUCCAUGAUGUGGAAGAGGACAUUUGGUCUCCGACUUAUGGACUAAAAGGCAAGCUCGAUGCCACCGUCCAGGCAGUCAUUGCUGAGAGCACGCUCGACAAAUAUGUUAAGAAGGAACCUUUGCUGACCACACACAUAAUGCCAUUUGAGAUCAAGACUGGUAGAACAGUAGCAGGGAUGGAACAUCGUGCCCAGACGAUGCUUUACACCCUCUUGAUAGCAGAACGGUACGGUGUCGAGGUUCCGAGCGGGCUCCUGUACUACACCCAGAGCGAGGAGGUCGUCCGUGUCCCGCAAAGCCGGAACGAGCUCCGAGCACUGAUAGGCGCAAGGAACGAAAUGGCAGCAUAUACGAUGCGAAGGAAUACGCAUGGCAAGGAAAAGGAGAUCGAAGAGCCUUUUUUACCUCCUACGAUUGACGACGAAAGACUAUGCAACAAGUGCUAUGCAGUGGAUACCUGUAUGCUAUUUCGCAAGGCUGUUGAGAACGUCGUUGAUAUAUCUUCACCGAUCGCAGACUUGUACGACCUCAAAACCUCGCAUCUGAAGCCUUCUCAUCUCACGUUUUUUAAACAAUGGGAAGAGCUCAUUUCGCUUGAGGAGCAGGACGCCAUUCGGUUCAAAAAGGAGCUAUGGUGCAUGACCGCUCAAGAACGCGAGGAGAAAGGGAGAUGUUUCAGCUCGAUGGUCAUAGACGCAUCCUUCCGGUCGGAAAAAGUUCCAAACAGUGGCAAGAUACACCAGCACACCUAUUGUUUUGUUCGUGCUUCUGUUGCUCAGGACGUCUCAUUCUUGAAUGGGCACAUGAGUCGUGGAGAUGCUAUCACGGUCUCCGUUGAGCCUGAUCUUCUUGCUCUCGCACGCGGGUUCAUUGUAGAGCUAACACCAGAGACAGUCGUCGUUGGUGUGGACCACGAGUUGAGUGUGGACAAGAUAGAAGCCAGACUCGAGACACUUCGAGGAGCGAAGACACCUGCAGUCUUCCGAGUUGACAAGGAUGAGCUAUCGGGCGGUAUGGCGCGGAUCAGAGAUAAUUUAGCCCAACUAUUCUAUACCGAGGGAGAUGCGAGACGUCUAGAGCUCGUCGUGGACCUGCGACGCCCGUUAUUUGAUAACGAAGAGACGAUCACUGACAACCUGCAACGCGUCCCGGAGUAUGUCAUCGCUAGCUCGGGUAUGAACCCUAGUCAACUUGCUGCGAUGAAGCGGGCCUUGAGUGCACGCGAUUACGCGCUCAUCCUCGGCAUGCCUGGCACAGGCAAGACGACCGUAAUUGCUGCGCUCAUCCGGACUAUUGUGGCCAUGGGUAAGACGGUCCUUUUGACGUCGUACACGCACUCGGCUGUAGACACAAUAUUGCUCAAGCUGCAGGAUGCAGACUUCGGCAUUUUAAGACUUGGUAAUGUCGAUAAGGUGCAUCCCAGUGUUCGCAAAUUUACGCUAUCUGGGCGUAGGUUGCCUACGACGGUCGAGGAAUUGGAGAACCAAGUCAUCACUCCACCUGUUGUAGCUACUACAUGCUUGACAAUUGAUCAGUACGUCCGUAAUCCUGCUGCGCGAAAAGGCGGCCUGGAAACAUCUCUCUUCCGACGCCUCUCUGAAGCGCAUCCACACGCAGUGGUUGAUCUCACAUAUCAAUAUCGCAUGAACGAGGACAUUAUGCAGUUGUCGAACAAGCUCAUAUACGGAGACCGUCUGCGAUGUGGAUCAGAGGAAGUAGCCAAGCGCACUCUGGUUCUUCCCAACGAGUGUAUGGUCGGCAAACUGGAGCCGGGAAUGUGCCUGUGCGAGGAAUCUUGCUGGUUGCGGUAUCUCUUAUCAGAAAGCUGCAAAGUCGUAUUCCUUGAUACAGAUCAGUUACCUGCCCACGAUUCAAGAGUCGGGGAUCUCGUCCAGAAUGAUGUUGAGGCCCAGCUUGUGUACCAGAUUACCGAAGCGUUCUUAAGAUCAGGAAUUCAGGAGGACCAGAUCGGGAUCAUGUCUCUUUAUCGCCAGCAGAUAAAGCUUCUAUCACAUCUUCUUCAAGAUAGGAAGGAUUUAGAGAUUCUCACAGCGGACAGAAGUCAAGGACGUGAUAAGGACUGUAUCAUCAUCUCCAUGGUCAGAUCCAACGACCACGGGAAGAUUGGAGACUUGCUCAAGGACUGGCGGCGGGUCAAUGUGUCGUUCACACGUGCGCGGUCGAAAUUGAUCAUCAUUGGCUCCCGGAAGACCUUGAAUUCAACUGAACUUUUGUCGGUCUUCUUGGAGCUCAUGGAUGAGCGGGGCUGGAUAUUGACGCUGCCUGUCGGCGCAGAAGACAAGCACCCGGCGUUCCAAAGCGCAAGGUGUGGUAUUCGCAGUCCUGCGAAGCGAAGUCAGGAGCAUAGAUCAGCAGUUAGUCUCAGCGAACCGCCCUCAAAGAAACCGAGAACUCCGAGGGUCGAAGAGGGGAUUCUCAAGGGCCGGCCCAUCUUGCAGGACGUCGUGAACGGUGGGAAGUGA